CGGGUUGCAAGUCAAUCGUCGUCAUCGUCCACGCCUGCUAGCGAAUCCAUCAUACUGUCUGAAGAUUAUGUUCAGAAGGCACAGCCAGAUGAGCUUCGCGCCAUCGUCGCUAGCCUUAUGCCUCUUCUGCAAGAAGCCCGCUCCGAUGCUGCUCACCACAAGUUGCAAUACCGGAUGCUUGCAAUUGAGACCACCGAGACUAUGGAGCGCAUUCACGUUGAGAUGAGUAUGGCGCAACGCGAGACAGAUCUGCUAAAGAUCAACGACCCUGUCGGGCGACCCAUCCUUCCUGCCAUCCAGGAGCCCGACCCAAGCAUUCGUCGUGUACACACUGAUAUGUGGAAUGCCAUGCUUGAAGAAACACAAAGUCUCAAGUCGCAGAAUGCCCAGCUUGAGCAAUUGCUCUCGCAGCACAAACGUAUGGUUGUGCAGCAGGAGAGCGAGAUUGCCACUCUGAAUGAUCGCAUCACUCUCUACCGCGAGCGACUUCGCGAGAACCGUUCUCACCUGAACCGUUAUCGUCGUGCCGCUGGAUAUCCCGAAUCGCCAUACAAAUCUUCUCCCUGGACCACGCGCGACCGCGAUCAACCUCCUUUUGCCGCUUUGUUGCAUGCAUCUGAUCUGAUGAGCGGAAGGAGUCCAGCCACCCCUCAAACUCCUACACGCAGAAGACGAGCUGCUUCGAUAACGCCAAUCCCCUACGAGACCCCUGAAACGCUGCAAUCCGCACGCUAUCUGCAGGUACCGCAGACUGCACCACCCUUGCGCAAUUCUCAACUCCAGCCCUCCCAGUCUGAACGACUCGCUUCGACCAAACAUCAAACAACAAUGCUCAACCAGGUGUUGGUGGGAGAAGAGAGCGGGGCUGAGACCGAUGUUUUCGAUGAGCUUGCAGGAGCGCCCAGCACUCCUACGCGGAUCUCUAAGAAGAGCACUUCUAAGAACGUCUCUUCC